AUGAGAAUGAUCUCAGCAAAUUCCUUACAACCCGUUUGGAAUUUGAGGAAUCCCAAAUGCCAUCCGAGUUCAUCUUCUCCCUUAUUUCAUAAUUCAAAGCAGCGGGUCAGUAGUGAUACUAAUCUAAUAAGUUUUGGUUACGGUGGUGAAAAAUGGAGUAUUUCUCAAAGAAGAGCAAGAACGGUGGUUGUACGCGGGUCUUUUUUGCCAGUGGAUCCGUGGGCACCCAAUGUAAAUGUUGAUUCACAGAGCAUUGCAUCGCAGCUUUUCGCUUUCUCCCUUUUCCCGUAUCUUGGUUUCCUGUAUUACAUCACCAAGUCCAAGUCUGCCCCCAAGCUUACUCUUUUUGGUUUCUACUUCCUGCUUGCCUUCGUUGGCGCCACCAGCCUUGUAUUCUUGGACUCAAAGGUGCAUUAUGGAACCUCCUUAUCCAAUGUGGAUUGGCUGCAUGGUAGCGCAGAGUCUCUAUUAACUUUAUCGAACCUAUUUGUUGUGUUGGGACUAAGGGAGGCUCUUAGGAAACUGGAGAACAUAGGAAAAACCUCAUCGGAUCUUGCUUCUGAUAUAGAAAAAGAGACAUCAUCAACGUAG